CAAUCACGAAGCAGUUGGCAAUGUAACUCCCGGGGUCAAUGCAGACCAUUUGUUGACGAAUUUUUUGCGACGUAGUGAGCAAGUUUUGAGCAUUUUCCGCAGGUUUUGUGGUCAUAUAUCCCACCAGACGCGACGUAAACGAGCGUUAAGUGUCUCAAACCAACCAUGGACAUCCUGAAAGCGGAGAUGGCGCGGAAACGUAAACAACUGGAGGACGCCAAGCUUGUCGACGAAAAGAAGAAAUUCUUCAAAAGAGGUGAACUCCAGGCUAAACAAGAGGAAGAGUACUACAGACGGAUGAACAUGUAUGAGAAAGACAAGCAAGAUCAAGAGGAUAAAAACACAGAGCCCACACCAGGAACGUCCAAGACCUCCCCUGAGCAGGAGAAGGAAAAGAAGAUGCUUCCUAGAGAGGAGGUGAUUCGCAGACUGCGGGAGAGAGAAGAGCCAGUCCGACUUUUUGGGGAGACUGACUAUGAUGCAUACCAGAGGUUAAGACGAAUUGAGAUCCUAGAGCCUGAAGUGAACAAGGGGUUCAGGAAUGACCUGAAGGCUGCGAUGGACAAGGUAGACGAGCAGUACCUGAAGGAGAUGGUGGAGUCCCGCCAUGAGGGCGAGGACGGACCAACACGCGGGAAGUACGACCUCAGGGUCAGCGACGACGGGACAACACUGGACGACAUCAAGGAAAUGGCAGCAACUGUGAGCAAGAUUUCAGAUGACAAGGAAAGACGGGGCAAUGAGUCCUUGAUGAUUCUCAAGUUUUUGAAGUUCCUGAUGGACCAGUGGGCGAAGGAGUUGAACGCCCGUCCAGAGGAGGUAAAACGGAGCGUCCAGGGGAAACUGAUGACAGCCACACAUGCACAGACUGGGGAGUACCUCCGACCACUCUUCAACAAGCUCAAGAAGAAGUCAGUACCAUCUGAUAUCCAGUUUGCUCUACUAGAGAUAGUCUCAAACCUGUUGGAGAGAGAGUAUGUCAAGGCUAAUGAUGCCUAUCUGAGAAUGGCCAUAGGGAACGCGCCGUGGCCCAUCGGUGUGACCAUGGUCGGUAUUCACGCACGUACCGGUCGAGAGAAGAUCUUUGCGCAGAACGUUGCCCAUGUUCUUAAUGAUGAGACACAAAGAAAGUACAUCCAGGCCCUGAAGCGACUGAUGACCCUGUGCCAGCAGCACUUCCCAGCUGACCCCUCCAAGUGUGUGGAGUACAACUCCAGACCUACCCUGCUGGUGGGACAGUGAACAGGGCUGCAACUCAAAGUGGGCUUCCCAGCUAGCCCCUUCUUGUACAUACAUAUCAGCUGAUAAAUAGCAAUGCUUAAGAAGAUUUAUGAAGGGUCAGACGGUUCUCCCCCUCAAAAAACAGAGGGUUCAAAUCACAGCAUAGGGGGCCCCUACGCUCAAACAGCUUAGGGAUAGCUAUGAGCACUCUUAGAUGUUACAUGGUAAUUUGCAUUACCACCUACGCAUGAUCAUCUAUAGAUCUGUAUCUGUCAGGACCAAUUAAAACUUGUACAUAUUUCACUCCACAUAGCCCAAGCAUUAAUUUUUCUAAGUUAUCAU